AUGUCUGAAAUCCCGAAUAUAUUUCAUUCCGCCGAUAUUGGGUUUGUCGUCAUUUCAACGGCGCUUGUUUGGCUUAUGAUUCCGGGAAUCGGAUAUUUUUAUAGUGGUAUGGCAAGAAGAAAAAAUGCACUGUCAUUGCUUAUGUUGUGUAUGUUGUCAGUUGCUGUUGUUUCUACACAGUGGUUUAUUUUCGGAUUUAGCUUAUCCUUUGGUCAAGACGGGAACUCAUACAUUGGAUCAUUGAAAAAUGCUUUCUUCUUGGGAGUAGAAAAUAGAAAUAGCACCAGUGGAAGACCAGUACCAGACAUGACUUAUGCUAUUUUCCAAUCAAUGUUUGCAUCCAUUACUCCCGCGUUAGCAAUCGGUUCAGCUGCAGAGCGCGGUCGAAUAUUUCCCACAAUUAUUUUUAUAUUUAUAUGGACGACACUCGUCUAUGAUCCAAUAGCUCAUUGGGUUUGGUCGUCUGAUGGUUGGUCAACCAGAAGUCUUGAUUUUGCUGGUGGAACUCCGGUUCAUAUUUCUUCUGGUGCAGCUGCUUUGGCAUAUUGCUUGGCUUUAGGGAAACGACAUCAAGAAGAUCAAGAAGAAUUCCGUCAACAUAAUGUAACACAUACUGUAUUAGGAACAAUACUAUUGUGGUUUGGAUGGUUUGGAUUUAAUGGAGGGUCAUCUUUGGGUGCGUCACCAAGAGCUGUAAACGCUAUUAUAGUAACAAAUUUAUCAGCGUCAAUUGCCGGUCUUACAUGGAUGAUAAUGGAUUAUCGGAUCGGGAAAAAAUUGUCGGCAAUUGG